CAGCUUUUUAACCCUUCUGUUCUUCCUUUUCUCUUGCUUACCCUCAGUCACUCGUUGCACUUUACACUCGCUCAUCGCUGCUUGCGAUCACAUCCUGCCCUUUACACCCUUCUAAUAUCAUCCAAUCCGACAUCGAACCAACAGAAACAUGAUGAAGAACGCCGUCCUCAUGGGCCUUGCCUCCGCGGCAAUGGCUGCCAAUGCUCCUGUCGGCUAUGGUGCGCCUGCUGCCACCACCAGCGCUGGUCCCCCUCCGCCAUACGCGCCGCCACCGGGCUACGGCAACUACUACAACACGUCCUCGCCCGCCGGACCUGUCGACACCACCUGCGAGCACAGCUCGACCACUCCGCCGUCGCCUGAGCAGACUACCACUUCUCCGUCUUCGCCCGAGAUGACUUCCAGCUCUGCUCCAGUGUACCCGCCUGGGUAUGGUGCCUCGAGCUCUGCUCCAGUGUACCCUCCCGGAUACGGUGCCUCGAGCUCUGCUCCAGUGUACCCUCCUGGAUACGGUGCCUCGAGCUCUGCUCCAGUGUACCCGCCUGGCUAUGGUGCUUCUUCCAGCACCACUCCAUCGUCUCCCGAGAUGACUUCCAGCUCCGCUCCGGUUUACCCGCCUGGCUACGGUGCCUCGAGCUCUGCUCCAGUGUACCCGCCUGGGUAUGGCGCUUCUUCCAGCACCACGCCCGCUGGCCCGAUCCCAACUGAAUCGACCACUCCUUGCGAGACCGCGACCGAGAGCACUGGCACGCCGUACUACUCUCUGCCACCGCCAGUGUCUUUCUCUGAGACCGCCUCCACGCCCGCUGGCCCGAUCCCAACUGAGUCGACCACUCCUUGCGAGACCGAGACCUCUGCUACGCCGUACUAUUCUCUGCCACCUCCGGUCAGCUUCUCCGAGAGCGCCUCCACGCCCGCUGGCCCGAUCCCAACUGAGUCGACCACUCCUUGCGAGACCGAGACCUCUGCUACCCCGUACUAUUCUCUGCCACCUCCGGUCAGCUUCUCCGAGAGCGCCUCCACGCCCGCUGGCCCGAUCCCAACUGAGUCGACCACUCCUUGCGAGACCGAGACCUACGCUACGCCGUACUACUCUCUGCCACCUCCGGUCAGCUUCUCCGAGAGCGCCUCCACGCCCGCUGGCCCGAUCCCAGCUGAAUCUACGACUCCAUGCGAGGAGACCACUGUAACCUCUUUCGCGACCCACUACUACACCGUUCCUCCACCAGCGACCACCGCUCCGCCAGCUGGCGAUGAGUGCGCGGAGAAGUGCAACAUGGACUAUGACACCUGCCGCAACAUCCCGCACGCCAACCAAGCCCAGUGCUCCGCUGACUACGCCAAGUGCAUCGGAUACAACCCCUUCACGGCUUCUUCGUUCACGUCCGCCACUGCUUGCGUUCACUCUGCUGGACCCAGCCCACCACCGUACCAGACCGCACCUGUUCCAGCUCCGCCAGCCGGUACGACUCCUGUCUCGCCAGAGCACCCCGCUCAGUCCAACCCACCGGCUCCAUACCAGCCUCAGCCUAACCCACCUGCUCCUCACCAACCGGAGCAGCCUGCUCACGGCACGACUCCUGUCUCGCCAGUGCAGCCCGUGGAGUCCAACCCACCAGCUCCAUACCAGCCUCAGCCUAACCCACCUGCUCCUCACCAACCUGAGCAGCCUGCUCACGGCACGACUCCUGUCUCGCCAGUGCAGCCCGUGGAGUCCAACCCACCAGCUCCAUACCAGCCUCAGCCUAACCCACCUGCUCCUCACCAGCCCGUGGAGUCCAACCCACCGGCUCCAUACCAGCCUCCGGUCUACCAGCCAACCAAGAGCCACAAUGCUACCGCCACUGGACCCAACCCACCACCUGCGACUUACACUGGCGCUGCCUCCCUCAACACUGCUGGCUUCGUCGCCGGUCUCGGUGCCUUCUUGGCUUUCUUCGCUUAAGAUACCUUUCAUGAGGGGAUCGGGUGUCGGAUUGAUCAUUAAUGAGGCGUCCAUACGAGGAAUGUCGUUCUAAUGCGCUCGUCGUUGCUUCGGAGCCUCGAUGCUGCUGGUUUUGCUCUGUGUGCAUGGCUUUGAUACAUACGGCGAUGUUUUCCUUAGUCUAGUUUUUGUGUCGAACGUAUUGGAUUUUAUUAGAACUUGAUCUCCCUUCGCUUCUGCUCUGCGGCAUGUAUGUAAGAGUCUUCGACUCGAAUGAACAUCUGCCAUUGUCUUCUGCCCAA